AUGAAUCCAGCUCUCAACUAUCGGCAAUCCCGAAGGUCAGCCUGCGAUCGAUGCCGAGGAUUCAAACUGCGCUGUGAGCGCGAUCAUGUGAAUGGCAGAUCAUGCGAAAGGUGUCUCAAAGCUCAGGUCCUGUGUACGACAAGCAUCAACCAUCCUUCUUCAAAUUACCUUUCUUCAAAAAGCGGACAUUGCUCUUACCAAGGGGACUGUGAUCCACGAUCUAUGGGCUUUGAGCGACAUUCUAUGCCUAUUCUGCACAAAUCGACCAACUCCAAAGUGAAGAAGUCUCUAUCAGCAGGCAACGUCCGGAAGCCCGAGUAUCCAAAAUACAACAGUUGGCCGUAUCCAGAGAAUUUUUCACCCUGGGUUACUGAAGAUACGACCCCCUUCUCGGUGGAUAUGGGAUUCCAGGCAGCUUCGUAUCCUGCUACCGUAUUCCCAUUUGAUCAAUGGAACGAGCAACAACCACCUUGGACAACAGGUUUGAACCCGAUGCUCCCUGUCGAAGAUUUCUUCAUCCAGUCAGACUAUGGCCUAUAUCCCCAAAAAUUGGUCCCAAAUGCCCUUCUAAUGGAGCCGUUCAAUCUUCAAGAUGAAUCGUACAACAGUGUCGUAUCAUCUCUGCCUUCAGAGCCUCCUAACAUCUUAGACCCAUGCCCUUCAACUGUCAUGGACGGUAUUUGGGGUGCUUCCUGGGACAGGAUACCUGCGGUCGCCGAAAAUGAAAAGCAAGGAACAAUAAGCACGACUGACUGGAGCACGACAAACAACUACAAUGUGCGCAAAAGGCUGCUUAUAUUGAAUUUAGAACUGAUAGAUGAUCUCGAACUUUUAGAAGCCGACGUGGAUAUCUUGCAACCUUCAGCCUUCUUUGGCGACGACAUCAGCUUCUCGGCCGGGAAGCUUGACAUACCCAUUUUUCGCAUGCUCAGCCAUUCCACACAAUUCUUAGAGAUCCUUCAAUCUGGAAUUGGCUCAUCGGAAAACCCUUCUCAUGUCAUCCCGAGUAUCGAGUUUUCUCUCGGGGAGUUGAAUACAUUUGAGGACGUGAAGUCUUCUCCCCAAAAUGUGAAGCAACGGGGCGCAUCUACCGCAUCAUCCAAUGAUUCGAGUCAUCGCAGAAUAAAUCCAUCCCUAUUGGAUCAGCCAGGAACUUUACUACCACCUCAAUGUGACGUAUCAACGUCCAUGGGAAUACUCACAGUAUACUGCCAUCUUAUUCGCGUCUAUCGAGCCAUUUUCAGCCAAAUCUAUCAACUCUUUAUUCUUGUUCCUCCGGUCGACGCGGCUGCAUUCCUGCUACUGCCAGGCUUACAGUACGGACAGUUUCAGAUGGACGGAAACCUGACUGUACAAAUGCAAUUCUUAAUUGACUUCAGUACUGAAAUGUUGGCAAAGAUUGAGCAGGCUCUAGGGAUGCCUUGCAGCGAUAUGGAUGGAGUAACGAGUCCCGUUGCAUCUAUUUUGGGAAGUGGCCCUUUGGCUUCUGUACGAGACCACAUUAUGACACAGGAGCAAGUUCAGUGUGGGAUUCCUCUGAAAGAAACAAUGAACUGUUUGCGCGAGCUUUUGAAGGAUCCGGUGGAUUAA